CGUGGUGUCUAAACCACCGCAGUAUUGUGAAGAAGUGCAGGACAUAAUGCAGUGUGCUGCAGCGGAAAACAGUCGAAACGAAUGCGGGGGGAAAUUCCAAGAAGGCACGAGAGCAGUUUUGAAAGCGCGCGCAUCUACAGUGAGUUCACUGUAUGAUCAUUACAACACAAGGCAUUGUGAUCACUCUCUUCAAACCCGACAGAUCGCUUCUGAAGGACGUUUGGGAUAAAAUGCUCCUGCAGCCACAAAAACCCGAAAUGAGCUUCAACACAUUUUACUUUCGGUGGAUUCUAAUAUUCGUGCUUUGUGUUGAAGGGAUCUCGAUGCACAUGACGCAUCUCAGAAAAUUUAACUUCACUGCUGGUUUUGCAUUUCAACUUCAAUGCAACAGAAACCUUAAAAUAUCGAAUGUGAGUGUGAGCUGGAGUCAAAUGACGAAUCGCAGCUUGGAAAACGUCAGAGGAAUAAACGUUAAUCACAGCACACUGUGGUUUCUACCUGCGGAGUUGUCCCACAGCGGAAAUUACUCCUGUUUCUGCAGAGAUGGCAAUGAUACAUGGGAAACCAUCUUUAUGGUCUCCGUUGAGAAUGGAACAUGCCCUCAUUGGAACAGAGUAGACUACGCAAAGAGUACAAAAGAACUUCGUUGUUUCCUGGAUAACAUCUUUGAAUUUGACCCGCAAUAUCAUAUCACCUGGUUCAAGGACUGCAGCCCAUUAAAUGUGACUAACAGUACAUAUGUCCAGAUCAACAGAUCAUCAGAGAUGGCUGGACUGUACACUUGCUUUGUGACCUUCACUUUUGAAGGGCAAAUCUACACUUCUGCCCAGACCACACAAAUUGAAAACCACUCCUUAUUUGAUAGAGAUACGCCGCCCACAAUUAUCUACCCUAAGAAUGAAAUGCACUCCGUAAGACUUGGUGAAAGUUUUAAGUUCACCUGUAAAGCGCACAUUGGGAAGAACAACAUCAAUGAAAUGUUGAUGUAUUGGUGGUGGGACUCUGAAUCUAUAGCUCUAAACUACAGUGGCAUCACUGUGGAAGGGGACAUGUUGCUGUGUACAUUAAACAUCCCCGAAGUCACAGAAGAAUAUUUGAAUACUAAUCUUCAGUGUUAUGUUGAACACUCAGCAGGAGAUGAUUCUGGAAUAUUGCGGCUUACUCAAGCCAAUCAGAGUGAGCUUUAUUGUUGGAUAGGUGUUGGUGUCGUCACUGUGCUCAUAUUAUUGGCUGCGGUCCUUUUCUAUCUGUUUAAAGUGGACCUGGUGCUGACUUACAGGAAUCUCUGCUUGCCUUUGUCUGUACAGAACGAUGGAAAGUGUUAUGAUGCGUAUGUCAGUUAUCUCCAUGGUGACCAACUGAGCUUAUCUUCGACCAUGACCUUUGCCCUGCAUUUCCUUCCAACGGUCCUGGAGGAUCUUCAUGAUUACAAACUGUUCAUCAGUGGACGUGAUGACCUUCCUGGAGAAGCGGUGCAGGACACCAUUGCUGAUAGAAUGAAUCGAUGUAGAAGGCUGAUCAUCGUUCUUACGUCACAGAGCUUUGCAAAGCCUCAGACUGACACCAAAAACAGUCUUUUAUCCGAUUGUGAGCUAGCCGUGAUGCCAACAAAUCCUGUGGAAUUAUGGGGCACGUACGAGCAGCGAGUGGGACUGUAUGACGCUCUUGUGAAGGAGGGUCUGAAAGUGAUCCUGGUGCAGGUGGACGACGGGGUGGAAGAGUCUCUGCUGCCAGAAUCUCUGCAGUACAUCAGCCGCACCAAAGGCAUCCUGAAAUGGAGGACAAACAGCAGCGAAAGGGCAAACAGAAAGUUCUGGAAGUAUCUACGGUACCGUAUGCCUCCAGCCCGACUGCAGAAGUGCAAACAGAGUCCGACGCUUUGAGAACUGUCUAUUCUUGAAGAGACCAGCAUGAGUUUCAAAGCUGGUCCUGGCUGGUUUACACUGGUUUGCUGCUGGUCUAGCUAGUGGAUAAGCAUAGCCAUGUUGUUCACCAGUUAAACAAAUAAACCAAAAAUAUAUUAAACUAGUCGACUAGUCCGACAACCAACUAGUCAACUACUGAGGUAACCAGUACUGCAAAAAAUUCAAUACAAAUAUUAAUUACUCAAUCAUUAUUUUUGUUUCCCUAGAUUCUUAAAUCAAGAAAAACUCAGUGGAGAAGCAAAAUUGCGUACAAUAUUUUCCUUCAUCAAUUAAAUAUUAUAUCAAAUAAUUAAAAUUGCAUUUAUGCUGAUAAGGGUAAGGUUUUUGGCCUGUCCCUCGCUAUGAUUGUUCUUAUCCGCAGGACUUUUAAUUUGAAAAUUGAAGGCAAAAUUAUAAAUAAAUCACAUUUGCAUAUUGUUCUAAGUAUAGUCUCAUGGUUUGCGUAAGUAUAUAUUAUUUUUUAUAAAAUAUCAGUGUCCCCUGAUUUCAUAUCAGCCCUGUUACCCUCAACAAAAACCCUUGUAAAAUAAUGGUACAUUCCAGUGUCAUCACUUCCAGGAAGUGACAUCAUCUCUCAACCAGUAUUCCAUCAGUUAAUACACAAGACAGUUUCUCUCUCUCUCUCUAUAAUGUUCUAUUUAUGAUCAUUUAUGAGGUUUGACUGAGGGGGGACAUCAUGCAAUGUCAAAACUGUCAUUAUUUUUAAAGUAUAAAUUGAAACAAUUAUUUAUUUAACGUAAUAAACUCAAUAUCUGCGAGUAAUAUCCUUUCAAAGUGUACAACGUGUGCUUUUGUGGACUUUAUCUAUUAGCUAGCAAUUAGCAAAUUUGAUGUGAAUCGUCAAACCUGUUACUUUUCCAGCGUAACAGGUUUUGAUGUGGGUAACAGGGAUGAUGUAGAUUAGUUGUCACCUUAGGGUUAGGUGACCUCACCUUAGCCACACUGUUUUUAAAGUUUAUCUGUGUAAAAUGCAAAUAUUUUUAAAGGUCAUCCUGGGUGUACUAUGGGGAUUUUCUACUGCACGGUACAACUCCACUCAACUCUGCUUGCUUUUUUGGGGUUUUCCACUGUGGAUAGUACCUGAUACCUGGUACUUAUUUUAGUACCACCUCGGUCGAGGUUCCAAGCGAGUCGAGUCGAUAAUAAAUGUGACGUCAAAAUCCUGCAGAUCACUGAUUGGUCAGAGAAAAUCGUCCCUAACCCGGUCGUCACUGGAUAUGCGACACGGGACAUCAACCCGCUAGUUUUAAAGUUAGCAACAGCGAUAGCAGUAUCAUUUGUUCACGCGACUGUCGAAUUGUAAAAAGAAAUGGCUGUGUGCAAAACCACGCCAUGGUCAAUAAAUGAGGUGCAGACGUUCCUCUCGUUAGCGACGAACGAAACGUUGUGAAACGAUAAAGUCUUUCAGGACACAGCUACCACCGGACCGACCAACAGUGCAGGGAAAAGUAAAACAAACGUAAAAGUGACUACAGAACCAUCAAGGAAAAGUGGAAGCGGUUUGACCAAAUGGACGCCAUCUAGACCGGCGAGCAAUGGGACGGACGAGUGUCCUGGACUGGCAUUAAUCUACGAUGGAGGAUGAGACGUUUUGUUACGUUAACUCUAUACUCUGCUUGAAAGCUUCACUUGAUUUAGUUGAUCAGCUACUGGAAGCUUCUAAAACAACUAGACCAAUUUAACUGUUACACUUGUGUAAAAUCACCAUGCAACAACUGCUUCAUGCAGCACAAUGAGCUAGCAGCUAACAGCUAGCGGUCGUGUUAUAGUUAUUGAUUUGUGUCACGUUUAAGAUGAUGUCACGGCAGUAGAGGCGGCGCAACUAUGACGAUCAUCCUAUAAUCCCGCCCACAUUGAGGCGGCACUAAACUGCAGUGGAAAUGCAAGCUCAGAAAAGUAAAGCGAGUAGAGGCGAGGCGAGUCGAACCGUAGCGUGCGGUGGAAAAGUGCCAUUAUUGAGCUAAUGCCUAUAUCAUUCAGUGUGGGUGACAUAUGAGCAUCAGUUACAUUUUAGCUAGCAUUGUUGGUAUUGUUAGUAUCAGUAUUGUUGGUACAUGCAUCUGGUAUUUAAAGUAUUAACUAUUUAAAUAGUUUUAACGUUAUUGUGUUGAUUUCUAUUUGAUUUUAUAUUUGCACUAUUACACACUUUUACAGAUGAUAGUAGUAUUCCAUUAAGUGCAGCAGAAAAACAAAAGGCGCUAUCGUGCUCGCCAAGCCGCAGAUCCUGAAGGAAGGGCAAAAUACCUUGAAUGGGAGAAACCGAAAUGGAGGAGAGACAGAACGCAUUUGUUUUAAUUGCUACAAAAUAUAAAGUUUUCAUUGUAAGUUUUGAAAUGUGUUCCCUCCUUCAAUGUGAAAACAAGGUUUUGGAUGAUCUGGAUUCAGCUUUCGCCCGUCUCACUUAUGAAGCCUGACUGAUUGUCAUCCAGCAGUUUGUUCUGUGAGAGAUAGGAUUUGAUUAAUUGAAAACAGCCCUUUCAAGUGUUUUUGCCAUGAAUGUGAUGAGAGAGACUGGUCUGUAGUUUUCUGUCUGUGUGGGGUUAAAUUCAGGUUUCUUCUGCAGUGGGGUAAAAUUGUUGUGUUUUAUUAUAUUGUUGUUAUCGUGUUAUUGAAGCACAGUUUUGGUCAACAACAUUGGAAAAAUUUGAAAUAUUCCCUCAUAAUAAUAAUAAUAAUAUAUAUAUAUAUAUAGUGCUGGCGCUAUUGUGACUACACUUUAUGUCAGACUUGUUAUUGUUAAUUCAAUUAAAAAUGAAUAAAAUAAAAUGUAAA